CCGCUUUAGCUCUGGGGGACUACAAACAGUGUAACACCACCUAGUGUACUGCUGGGAUGUCGCUACUUUUAUGCAGAAGACGCUACUUGUUCGAUAUUGGAUUAAUAUUCGUGUAACCGGCAGAUACAUUCAUUUAAAACCGAGGAGAAGAAAAGGAGUGAAAUAUAAACAGAGUCGGGAAUAAUGACUAACGUUUGGAAAAUGGCACCUCUUGUGUCGUCGCUGCUGCAAGUUCCCCGCUUCCUCGGCCCCUGGUCCCAGGCUCUGCUGUCGAGGGCCAUGGCCACACUCAACCAGAUGCACAGAAAGGGCCGACCCCCACCCCCAAAGCCCAAGAUCGGUGCCACGUUCGGCCGGCCCCAGCUCAAGGCCGUGGUCCUGAAGACCCUCAUCCGGAAGCCCAAGAAGCCCAACUCGGCCAACCGAAAGUGUGCCCGCGUGCGCCUCUCCGACGGCCAUGAGGCGGUGGUCUUCAUUCCGGGCGAAGGUCACAACCUGCAGGAGCACAACGUGGUGCUGGUGGAGGGGGGCCGGACACAGGACCUGCCCGGAGUCAAGCUCAAAGUGAUUCGGGGCAAAUAUGACUGUGCGCAUGUCGUAAAGAAGAAGCAGUGAGGAACGUGGUGGAGAAACGGUUUUCAUCUGAGAGACUUUUGUUGACAUCCAUCUUUCAGGGGUUGGUGGGCUGUGGAACGUGACUUAACUCCUGAAAUACAUUGACACAAGUGUAUAACCGCUCCGCGAAUGUCUGUUGUUUGGUUGUGGUUUGUCUUUUCCCAAAUAAAAUAUUAUUUGGUUUC